CUUCUCGGCACGGAAUGUUCCGCCGGCAAGGCUUGCGGUGAUCGUAUAUAAAAGCGUGCUGCCUUCCCGAGAGCUUUUUCUUUCCAGCCAGGGCAGCUUCGGAGGAGUAUUGAAUCGUUUCUUGCUGGGUUUCAGGAAACAGUCGGAGAGUUUGACACUUUCCCUUCCUCGCUACUCAUACCAAGUGUUUGCUGCUCCCAUACCACAACGACGAGAACAGAGAAUGUCUUCCCCCAUGCUCACAACAAAGGCCGGAGCGGCCACUGCCCUCCUGGCUCUCCUCCUCCCAACUUCCGUGCUAUCCUUCGACACCGGCCCGCACAACGACCUUGUUCGCAACACCCUCGAGCUGUACGGCUAUUCCCGCGAUGCCCAAGCGCUCUCCGCAUUCGCCAACUGGGCCACCGACAUGUACGCCUUCACACCCUCUCUGGGAACAGAUUUUGCUAUCGUCCCUGACCAUAUCGCCGACCUGGAAAUGCAGCACUGCAACAACCUCUACUCGGUCGUGUAUGGAGCAAACUAUAUUUCGCAACAUGUGGUCAACUCAAAGGCGGCGAUCCAGGACGCUGUGAAGAGGGGAAGCGUAUUGGACUAUUUGGCUGUUGUUGGGACUAGUUUGCACACCUACCAGGAUCUCUAUGCACACUCGAACUGGGCCGAGUUGCACCGCCGUAAGGACUGCGAAUGCUACGGCGUCACAGACACCUUCAUGGGUGAACUUAUCGCGGCCAACAGUUCCGUAGACACCCUGCUCACAACCAGCCCCGAACUUUCCGGUUGGGCUACAUACGAGUGGCUGGACCGUAACUACCCAAACUUCAACGUUAAGGGUGGAACAGUCGAACACGGCCAAUACUGCUCUGGAGUCAACAAGGACAGCUAUAUCCGCCCAUACUACGAGGAGACCUUUGCGUACGCUUUCGCCUCCAGUGUCGAGUGGUUGUACAACCUCGAAAAAUGGGCUGGGGAGGUCGAGGCUAGCAACGCCACGUUGAACGCGGCGAAAAACUGGGCACCCGCGAACCAGACCGACCACGACGCCUUGUACAAGAACUUCGACGAGGCGUUUGAGGUGUCGUACUCCACAACCAAAGGAGUUUUCGGCGAUGACAACGGACACUGGAAGGGAGAAGGCUCCGGCUCUCUCGGCACUAUGGCCAAAUCGGUCGCGUCGUUCGCAAAAGACAAGACCACCUUCACCAACCUGUACCUCCGCUCCGAGAACCCCGUCUACAAACUGAUCACCAACCCAUACCCCUACAAUUUCCUCAACACAUCGACGGAUGUUGUCACGGGCGUUGUUCUACCGGACGACUCGUUGAUCGCACAAGCUACGAGUGUUUACACACCUUGGGCGAGGCUGCCCGCGCAAUACACGGACGUGACCGCGGUCGUGGUCCGCACCAAGCAUUACCGCGUCUCCGACGACCUCAACGGAAAGUUCUCCGACGCCGACCCAUGGGCGCAAAUCACCAUCAACGGCAUGGAAAUCCGCGAAUCUCCUAUGCAAAACAAGAAAGAGUUUACACCCUACUGGACGACCCUGAAGUUUGUGCCCUCAAAUUCCUCCCAAACCAUCAACUACGUCCUCCAGGACGCUGCGGCGACCUCUAUGAUCGAGCAACAGAUCCCCAUCUCGGACGAUGCCAACGGUGCACUUACCCUAACCUUCGAUACGAAGAGCAAGCGCGUGUCGGGGGGAAACAUCAAGGAAGGCGUGUACAACAACUACACGCUGACCUUCAUUUCGCAAAAGACCAACGGGUCCCUUGUCGAGCUCUACAUCGACGCGCGGCCGUUGAAGUGCCCGAAUGUGAGUGCCGCUGUCGCCUCGUCGCAGGAGUAUGUUACGUUCUGCCCGAACACGGCGUUUGGCGAGUUGGGUGUGUUUACUGGGUGUGAUGGGGCUAAGCUGGGUACGACGCAGAAUACUGCUGAGGGCCCGGUCGUGGCAAAUGUGAGGGUGGCGGCUGUCGUUGCUGCCGUCGUUGGUGCUUUCAUGGCGCUUUGAGGUGCCUCGCUUUUCCUUUUAUAUUUUGGCUUGCAUAACAUACUUCCUCCUGCUGCAUCCACGGCCCCUUAUGCCUAGUCAAUACCGUCCAAGAAAAACUGCUUUUACAAGUUGCCAUCAUCGGCGACGCCUCAGGCAGAGGUACAAUGAUGUGGAUGGCAGAUAACCACCACGGAAAAUGGAUUGGGGUG